AUGCAGUACAAGGCGCUUGCUACUCUCCUGUUCGCCACUGCAGCCCUCACUGCCCCGGCUUCUGAGACCGAUGCCAGCAGCGGCGACUUCUACGAUGAUAUCCUCCUUCCUCUUGAGACCGAGUCGAUCCCCCCCAGUAUCCUGUCGGUCAUUGAGACUGCCGUUCCCACCACCUGGUAUGAGGCCAUUGAGACAAACUCUGCCUUCCAGUCAUCGGUGAUCGACGACCUCCUCCACAGCACCUACCCGGCCUGGUACAACAGCCUCCCCGAUAGUGUGAAGUCGUGGGCCACCUCCGAGGUCGAGGCCGAGGUCUCGGUGCUGUCCAGUUACUUCGGUACCUUGCCCACUGUGACCCCCAGCUCCGGCUCCAGCUCGGGUGCUAGCAGCUCGGGUGCCUCGUCUACUCCUCUCUCUACCAGUGGCACCUCGAGUUCUACUCCCUUAACCUUGACCUCCACCGCUACCAAGACCACGUCGGCUUCUGGCAGCGCCUCCACCUCGAGCUCGGCUUCUGGCUCUGGAACUUCUACCUCCACUGCUGGUGCCCCCGCCGCCACGGGUGGUAUCGCUCUGAGCCUUGCUGGGGCUGCCGGUGUUCUGGGUCUGGCCCUUGCUCUGUAG